AUGGCUUUCAAAACACUGAAAAUGCGAGGACAGAUUGAGUCGGUGGAAAAUGUCGCUGAAGAGGUGACGACCGGGGUUGUUGAAGCUGAAGCCGAUUUGAAGAAAAUGAGGCCGCGAGAAAAGGCACAUGUCAUAUUCAAGGAGAUCAGUUCGGCGACUAAUGCUUUACGUGCAAUGCAAGGAUUCCCCUUCUACGAUAAACCCAUGUUUGCACGGGAAGAUUCGGAUGUGAUUGCUAAAGCGAAAGGAACGUACACGGAACGACCGAAGAAACAUCUUCUGGCCAAGCAAACUGCCGGCGGAAAACCGAAGAAGACUUCGCAUGCAAAAGAAAGUCAUAAAAAGGCAUGUUUUUUUUUUCUAAAUAGCAUAAAAUAUUAUCUCCUCAUAGAUAACGAGCAGCAUCGUUGGAGACGGGGCAGUAAUCCUUAG